AUGAGGAGCCCGCGAGAGCUCGCGGACCGCUCGAAAUACUACCGUUUUCAUCGGCAGCAUGGGCACGACACUGAGCAGUGCCGUGAGCUAAAAAGGCAGAUCGAGGAGCUUGUCCGCCGAGGGCAUCUCGGCCACUACCUUCCGUCGGUCAAGGAGCCAUCACCUCGCCCGGAAGGCCCCGUUGAACGACACAUCGACAUGAUAGCCGGGGGGGCCCGCGGCGGGGGGGGUUCCGCGUCGGGCAGAAAGGCGUAUGCCCGGGCCGCUCCCGACGAAGCCUCGGGAUACGAGCCCGAGCCCGAGAUUACCUUCCCAACCGGAGCUGCCGAGCGACCUGACCACGACGACGCCCUGGUAAUAUCAGCCAGGAUAGCCAACGCGCAGGUAAGAAGGAUCAUGGUCGACACGGGAAGCUCGGCCGAUAUACUUUACUUUGGUGCCUUCCAGAAGCUCGACUUAGCCAAGGAAAGCAUGCGCCCGAUCGGUUCAACGCUCACCGGGUUCACGGGAGAAUCAAUAUCACCUUUGGGGGCCAUCACUUUGCCCUUAACCCUGGGCGUCCCGCCGAGGUCAAAAACGGUGAUGACCGCCUUUUUGGUGGUCGACCUUCCCACGGCCUACAAUGCCAUACUGGGACGGCCGACCCUCAAUAAAACCAGAGCCUUUGUCUCGACCUACUACCAAACCAUCAAAUUCCCGACUCACGCAGGGGUCGGAGAAGUCAUCGGGAGCCCUUGUGAGUCCAGACGGUGCUACCUAACCGCCGUUUCACUACACAAGAGGACCAGAGUCGAGCCACCGCUGGAGGACCCGCGGGAGACAAAAAGACCGGCCCCUCAUCCCGAGCCGAAGGGGCCCACCAUUGAUGUACCAUUACAAGAAGCCCGACCCGACCGGACGGUCAAGGUAGGAUCGGAGCUACCCGAGCGGGAACGAGAGCAGCUCGUCGGACUCCUACGGGAAAACGCCGACAUCUUCGCCUGGUCCCCGUCUGAUAUGAUGGGCGUCGACCCAGGGGUGGCGCAGCACCACCAUCCCACCUGA